AUGGGGUUUCUCGGAGUUUAUCGGGCCCUCUACGACUACCAGCAACAAUCUGAGGGCGAGCUUGCCAUCAGUGAGGGAGAUUUGCUCUACGUCAUUGAGAAGAAUGACGAUGAUGGCUGGUGGAAAGCUAAAAAGAAAGCUGGCGCCGACGAGGAGGAUGAGCCCACAGGUCUCAUUCCUCACAACUAUGUUGAAAUAGCCCCAACGCUGACCCAAGCCCGCGCCAUUUACGAGUAUACUCGGCAAACUGACGAAGAGCUGUCAUUCCACGAAGAAGCUGUACUCGAUGUGUUCGAUACUUCUGACCCAGACUGGAUUCUUGUCGGACUAGACGAUGAGUUUGGGUUUGUCCCAGCGAACUACAUAGACUUGCAAUCAGAAAAUACUACAGACCAUGGGGCUACUCAAACGUCGCCUCCGGCUCUACCGGCACGGUCUCGCUCCGCCGCAAUGGAGCUAGAUGUGGUAGAAGACAUCGCGGUCUCGAGCCCCAAGUUUGCGGGCCCAGCGUCGGCACUGGCUGGCGUCUUGCAGGGACGGGCUGCGACGAUUAAGCCUGCUACCACCCCCGCUCAGUCUGUAUCCGAACCGUCGGCACCAUCUGAUGAAGAAUUUAUCAAGUCACCAGCCUUACCAUCCCGUCCCAGGCCAACAAAGCCCACGCACACUCGAAGCGACUUUGAUGACUGUGGUAUGCCGGAUACCAACGAACGCAAUGGCCCUCAAAUUGACAGGACACCCGGUGGGUUUCAUAUGUAUAAUAUCAGCGAGAUGGUGUCCGUCAUGGGCAAGAGAAAGAAGAUGCCAACGACCUUGGGCAUAAACUUAGGAACCGGCAUGCUCCUCAUUGCUCCAGAGCGAGCACAGGAUGCCCCCCCCCAGGAAUGGAGCGCUGAUAGAAUGACUCACUACUCACGUGAAGGAAAGCAUGUCUUUAUGGAAUUAGUUCGUCCCAGCAAGAGUAUUGACUUUCACGCUGGUGCCAAGGAUACCGCGGAAGAAAUCGUUCUGGCACUGGGUGAAAUGGCGGCUGCUGUACGAGCCGAGGGUCUGAAGGAGGUCAUUAUGGCUGGAACACAGCGCUAUCAGCGCAAAGGAAAGGUCUUGUAUGACUUCAUGGCCCAAGGUCAGGAUGAAGUAACUGUCGCAGCGGGUGAUGAAGUCAUUAUUCUGGAUGAUGCCAAGAGCGAAGAGUGGUGGCAGCUGCGUCGGCUCAAAAAUGGCAAGGAGGGCGUCGUUCCCAGCAGCUACAUUGAAAUUAUCGGCGCUGUCACACCCCCCCUUGAUGAUUCUAGCACUCGCAGUGCCAUGCCAUCUGUCGCAGAAAAUCGUCAGGAGGAGAUGAGACUCACCAAAGAGGCUCUCAGGGCUAGCAAAGAGCCGCAACAGCGUAGUCGUCGCGAGAAUGGCCGUGGCGAAAACGGCAACUCUUCCAAGAGCAAAUCGAAACCUGAUACGAGCAAAGUUCGCACCUGGACGGAUCGCUCCAAAUCUUUCAGUGUGGAAGCGCAGUUUCUUGGUCUUCGAGAUGGUAAAAUCCAUUUGCAUAAAAUGAAUGGAGUCAAGAUUGCGGUCCCUAUUGCGAAGAUGUCACGGCAGGAUUUGGAAUAUGUCGAGAACCUCACGGGCAUUUCGCUAGAGGACGACAAGCCUCUUGCUGAUGUGCGGCGCUCAAAAUAUCUGAACAGGCCAAGUGAAGCCCCUGGCGCCAAACUUGAACAGAGUAAAAAGCCGGAGUAUGACUGGUUCCAGUUCUUUCUCUCUUGCGACGUACCCGUGGGACUAUGCGAACGUUAUGCUCAAGCAUUUAUUCGAGACUCCAUGGAUGAGAGCGUCCUUCCUGAUGUCAACGCUGUCAUUCUGCGAACAUUAGGUAUUCGAGAAGGUGAUAUCAUCAAGAUAAUGCGCACUCUCGACGCAAAAUUUGGACGGGAACGUACUGCCGAGGGUGACAGCAGCAGUGGAGGCCUGUUCUCAGGUCCCGGGGGCGCUCUCCGCAACAAUACUCGGAAAAGCCGCCCUGCGCCGGCUGUUCAGACGGAUGACAUCGUUGAUCCGACGGCUUUCUCAAAGGACAUAGAAGAUGGUGUUAAGGCUACGUCCGCUAGCACUAGCAUGCAAGGCGGACUCAAGGGAUCCUCGAGCGGCUUCGAUGACGACGCCUGGGAGGUGAAACCCAGCAAGCAGCCGCAGACUGAGAAGAGUGCAAAGCUUGCUGAGCCUGUGCCUGCCACCGCGCCGAUGAUGCCCAGCCUUACGGGCUCCAUGAAAGAUUUGUCUAUGCUUAGCGCACCGCUAGAGCCGACGAAGGCUGAGCCUGUGCGGCAGCUAGAAUCUACUGCCGCAAUAUCAACCUCCCCCUUAUCAGCUUCACAAGCUCAAGCACCUCCAGGAGCAAGCCCUACGUUCUUUUCUUCUGUAUCAGGUUCACAAACAGGCGGCCCUGCAUCGCCGAAAUCCCUUGCACGUCAGCGACCAACACCAACCAUACCCACUGGUGGAGGAUCCCUCCCGCCUCCCCCGACGCAGCGUUCCAUAUCUGCUCCCCAGCAGCAAAGUGCUUUCGCAGUGCCAGCAUGGUCAGCGCAAAUGACUGGUCUUGUUCAGGGGCAUGCCGCUCCACCAAACCACAGUCUGGAUAAUAUCACGCAGGCACGAAUUCAGCAGCAGUAUACGUCUCAGAUGCAGCCGGCUAUGGUAGGGUACAGUAGUAUGCCGAACCAACCUCGUACGGUGCCGUACCAAACGGGGUCGCAAUAUUUGCAGUCGAUGUACACAGGAGCCCCGACACAAAGCUCUUUUCAAGACCCAAGCCAGCCCAGCCCAUUUUCGCCUCUUCAAGCGCAAAACACCGCCUACCCCCCUCAGUUUCAGCCACAGUCAUCAUUGGGCAUGGCUACUCAAGCCAAUGUGAACGACUACCUACCACUUGCCCUCGAACCACAACGAACUGGAAUGCCUCCCAUUCCGCAACCACAGAUUACUGGUCUUAGUUCUUUCAAUUCUCAACUCCCGCAAGCUCUUCAACCGCAAAGGACGGGGCCGCCGCCACCUAUCCGCUUUGGCGUCACUGAUGCAAAAAAAUUGACCGUCCAGCCGACAGGGCGCCGAGCAAACUUAGCGCAAGCUACUUGGUACUUUCCAGCGCCCCAGAACCCUUUCGGCUUUUAG